AUGGAAACAGAUAUGGAGCCCGGAGGUCACUUAAAUACGGAGGGAAUCCAGGGGCUGUUCGACGAUGAAGCGCCCUGGGCACUGAACGAUAUCUCAAUGAAUCCUUUCGGGCUGUAUCAGUACGGGACUGCUCAAAUGAACAAUAGUUCAAUGGCAGCUUUCGAACAACCCCAAGCUGGAAUUGGAGAGUACCAUUAUCGAGAAACGGGCGGUAUCGCCAGUGUCCCUUCCAGCCAAUGCGAAGUGACAGUUAGAUCUUUUUCAACCUUGAGUACCGGACUGAAGUUCCUGCAUCUGCAACAAGGCCUGACUGAGUUGAUCAUCAAGCUGAAAACAACAUCUUGGGAUGUACCUGUCACCUUGAAAAUUGAAAGCCAAGCAGAGACCUACAAUAGCCUUACAGGGGCCAGGGACGACAACUCUGGUUUCAACCCGCUGACCAGCACGUUUGACUUGAUUUCGAAGUUUGAUCGUCUUCUUCAAUCGAUAGGUAAUCAGAGCAGUCCGGCAGACCUGCCAGAAGAUACAGGUAACUGUGCUUUAAUAAACGCUCAGAUUUGGUUAAACUCGUUGGCCUGUUAUAAAUCUGUACUAUCGGUUUACGACUGCCUGGUCUCAUACAUUCUGGAUGAAGCUUCGACGAACCCGACGGUGGAGAACUUCAUUCUCCAUACAUCGCCAAAACUAUCCAUUGCCGGCUUUGAGAUUCACUCACCUCGCAACAUCUUUGGUCAGCUAUUCGUGCGACUCCUCGAACUACGAAUUGAGCCAAUCGAGUCGGCAUUGGGCAUUCCAGAUACAAUGCGUAUCUCUAAUGGCAAAAUUGAGGAGAAUAAGACUAUAGAUGUCGGCAUUUUUCGCGGAAAGGACGCGAAGUCACUUUUAAACUUGUUGGAAAAUUCGGCUCUUGAAGGACUGAGUAGUGUAACUGAUUUGAAAGAGCUGCAGCCACUGAGAUGUAAGAUGAAACAUCUUCAGUUCUACGAAAUGAACUGA